UUUUGAUGGUCUUUAUUAAGAUACAUCGACUAUAUAUGCAUGAUGAUAGCUGUGUCUACCUUUCUUUAGUUUGCUAGCUACAUUUACAAUUGGGUCACUUUUUACUAUCUACCUAUUUCCUUCAGUGCAGAAGAAAUGGAUCAGAAGACGAAUGCCAAGAAGGAAGAAAUUGAUGGUAGAAGCUUAAUAGACUUGGUGUUCUCUUGGUCUCUCCGGGAUGUUCUCAACAAAGAUGUUUACAAAAACCAGGUGAAAAGGAUUCCAGAUACAUUCUCUUCAGUGACAGAAUACAUGCAGUCAUUCAUUCCUCCCUUAAUUGAGGAAACACAUUCUGAUUUGUUGUCAAACGUGAAAGGAGUGUCUCGAGCACCUACUUGUAUAAUAUAUUCUGUUGAGAAAUCUAAAGAAUUUAAACCUCCCAAAGACUUGUUUUAUGAAAUUACAUUGAAGCCAGCUGCAGAUACUAGAAAAGAUGUAGGAAAAUAUGAACCUGAGGUUGGUGAUCUUAUUGCAUUGACAGAUGUUAGACCAAAAUGCAUUGAUGAUUUGAACAGGCCCAAAAGAUCUUAUCUUAUUGCUUAUGUUCAUGGGACAAAAAAUGAAACUUCUGAUAAGAUCCCCAUACUGGCAUCAAAGCCCAUUUUCACUGAACAAGACAUGUACAAGUACAAGAAAGAAACACCAUUUGGGAACAAGAAAGAAACACUUUUUGCAGUUUAUCUUAUGAAUAUGACUACAAAUGUUCGUAUAUGGAAAGCACUGAACCCAGAGCCGGAAGGGGCAAACACAAACAUUAUUAAAACAGUACUGCGACCCAAUUCAGCUGAUGAUGAAAAUUGUAUGACUUGCUUUUCUAAUGGAAAAAGCAGCCCUGCCCCUUCUGAUCUACAGGGGAUGAUCAACUCUUGUAAUCUAAAUGACUCUCAAGAAGCUGCGGUUUUAGGCUGCAUUGGUAUGAGAGACUGCAACCAUCAGAAUCCUGUCAAACUGAUAUGGGGUCCUCCAGGGACAGGGAAAACAAAGACCGUUGGUGUGUUAUUACAUGCCCUCCUUAAAAUGAAGUGCAGAACAUUAACAUGUGCUCCAACUAACAUUGCGGUUUUGGAAGUUGCGACACGGCUGCUGAGGUUGGCUAAGGAUUCGCUAGAGUAUGACACAUACGGGCUUGGAGAUAUAGUUUUAUUUGGUAAUGGCGAGCGAAUGAAGAUUGAUCAUCGUGAUGAUCUGGUUGAUGUAUUUCUUGACUAUCGGGUUCAUGUGCUUGGGAAGUGCUUUGCUCCUCUAUCUGGCUGGAGAAAUGGCUUAGAAUCAAUGAUAUCUUUGCUUGAUGACCCUACAUCGCCGUACAAAAUAUACUUGGAAAAAAGAAAGGAAGAAAAAGGGAGGAGGAAAAAAGAAAGGAGGAAAAAAGAAAGGAAGAAAAAAGGAAGGGAGGAGGGAAAACAAUAAGGGAAUGAUGAUCUCAAAAAGGUUGAUGAUGUUCCUUUGACAUUUGAGGAGUUUUCAAAGAAGAGUUUCUGUUCAAUUCAUGAGCAACUGAAGUUUUGUAUGGUUAAUUUGUAUACGCACUUACCAACUUCUCUUCUACCGUUAGAGGUAGUGAAAAAGAUGAUGGGAGCUUUGAAUUUGCUUCAAUCUCUCGAAACUUUGUUGCGUGGUGUCAGUGUAGGAAAUGAAGGGUUAUUAAAACAAGUUCUAAUAAUUUCCAAGACACAGGAAGCAGUGUGGAUUGCCUUCACAAAGUUGAAUAAGAAAGAGUGCCUUCGUCUACUAAGAUAUCUGCAAUUAUCUCUGCCAUCCUCUGUUCCAGAUAUAACAGAAAAUUAUUCAAUAAAAAACUUUUGCUUGGGAAAUGCAUGCCUAGUGUUCUGUACUGCAUCAAGCUCUUCUAAAUUACAUGCAGAAGGAAAUAUACCAUUGGAAUUCUUAGUUAUCGAUGAAGCUGCUCAACUGAAAGAAUGUGAAUCAGCUAUUCCUUUACAACUUCCUGGUCUCCGCCAUGCUAUUCUCAUAGGUGAUGAGAGGCAGCUCCCUGCUAUGGUUAAAAGCGAGAUAUCCGACAAGGCUGAAUUUGGAAGAAGUUUGUUCGAAAGACUAGUCAUGUUGAGGCACCAGAAGCACCUUCUUAAUGUCCAGUACAGGAUGCAUCCAUCCAUCAGCUUAUUUCCAAACACAGAGUUCUAUGACAAACAGAUUUCAGAUGCUCCAAAUGUUAAAGAAAGAGAAUACCAGAAGCGUUUCCUUCAGGGCAACAUGUACAGCUCCUACUCUUUUAUAAGUAUUGCUCAUGGAAAGGAGGAAUUUGGUCUGGGGUACAGUCCCAAGAAUAUGGUUGAGGUUGCUGUGGUCUCUGAGAUAGUUGAGAAUCUUUUUAAACAAUUCUGUGACACAAAGAAGAAUGUUAGCAUAGGAGUGAUAUCACCAUAUAAGGCUCAAGUUUCUGCAAUUGAAGAGAGGGUCAGAAAAUACAACAAGUCUAACAGUGGCUUCACUGUGAGUGUUCGCUCUGUUGAUGGGUUCCAAGGAGGUGAAGAUGAUGUAAUAAUUAUCUCUACUGUAAGAUGUAAUGGGAAUGGAUCAGUAGGUUUCCUUUCCAACCGACAAAGAGCAAAUGUGGCACUGACUCGAGCAAGGUAUUGCCUUUGGAUUUUGGGGGAUGGGGGUACUUUACUCAAGAGUGACACUGUUUGGAAGAAACUAGUCCUUGAUGCCAAGGAACGUGGGUGUUUCUAUGAUGCCAAUGAGGACAAGAACUUGGCUCAGGCAAUUACUGCUGCCUUGGUGGAGCUUGAACAGCUUGAUAUUUUACUCAAUAACGGCUCUCUUCUGUUCAAAGAGGCUAUAUGGAAGGUUUUCUUCAACAAUGAUUUCCACAAAUCUAUAGCAAGGACUAGCAAUGCAGAGAUUCGUAAGGAAGUGAUAUCUCUUUUGGCAAAGCUUUCAAGUGGUUGGCGUCAGACCAAUGAGAAGAGAAACCUCAUUGUCCAUGAUGGGACUUCUUCUCAAGUUUUAGAGAUUUACAAGGUGGAUGAGCAGCUGAAUCUGGUUUGGACUGUUGAUAUUCUCAAGGAGGAUUCACAUCACAUUCAGGUUAUGAAGGUUUGGGAUGUUGUCCCAUUAUCUGACAUACCAAGACUAGCAAAGCAGCUUGACAUCUUAUUUGGAAGCUAUACAGUGGAUAAGAUGCAUCGCUGCAAACACACAUGUGUUGAGGGGAGUUUGGUUGUUCCAAAGAGAUGGCCAAUUGACUCAAGUUGUGGUCCUGAAGCCAAUAGUAUGUGGCACCUCUCAAAACCAUUAUCCUCACUAAGUUUGAAGGAUGAGCCAGAAACAUCAACCACAACUCAUAGAAAUCCUUUCAAGUCUAGAAUGAAGAAUAAAUGGGAAGAUGUUGGCUUGAAGAAAAAGUCGGAAAGGUGGUAAAAUGACUGAUGAGAUCAUGAUCUUGCGAGUCUGGUAAUUUGGGGAUCUUUGGAGGGGUUUUGAGAAGAGUUUAGUAUUAACACUUUCAAGCAUGAUAAAAUCCAGGUGCUUCUUCUGGUCCUCGUAUGACUUUGUAAGAAUGAUUGUAACUUGAGGGUUAUCCCCCAUUUUCUUUUUAUAAUUUUUUUAUUUGGGCGUAAAUUUGUAAUUUCAUAAGAACUCUAUUGAAAAAAUGGUCAGAAUUUGUAGCAGAGAUUAUUUUCAGUUCUAUAAAAGGCCCUCCGGAGACAGUUUUACUUGUGUUGGUUCCAAAGUACUCAAUUUCCUUAAUGACUGCACUAGUUCCGUUCUAAAUGUCUCCAGCUUCCCCUUCCUGCAAGCCGUCAAUUAAACACACACUUGUCCCAAUCUCACAAAAAGAUUCUUUUAGCAGCAUUAGACAUUGUAGUGAUCUUCUCACAAUAAAGUGCUUGAUUUCUCCUUCAAAUCUAUGCUC